CACCUUCUAAGUGAGGAAGCUGUGGGUUGAUGGAAAUGUAGUGAGCAGAUCGAGACAGACAGUGAAUCAUUAGCAAACUGCAACGCCAGGAUGAACUUGUCUGGAACCUAAAAGGAGAAAACAGGCUGCGAGUCCUCUGCGGCGCUGGGUUUGCUCAAUACAGCCAAAGUGGAUCUAAAAGCCGGCUGAUUCCCAGUCCAAGAUGCUGCUGGUUUCCCAGCGGGUAGAAGCACCACGGAUGGAGCCACAUAUUCCAUUACAGGGAUCCAUUAAAAGAAAACUGGAAGAUGAUAGCUCUCCUGCCUCCAGUGGCGUGCCUGAUGUCACUUUCCCAAAUGACAGUAAAAGACUUUGUCUUGACGAUGUAAACCUUGCCAUGGGCCAAGGUGCCAAUCCCAGCAUGGCCUGUCCAGAAAUGCAGAGUUCUCCAUUCCCCACUGGUCACAGCACUUCUUCCCUGGGAGUCACAGGGCACCCAGUGCUCCUCGAGAACAAUCACUUGAAUGGGGGUGGCAUUGGCUCCCCGUUCUCAGUGCCAGCCAGCACAGAAAUAAACCAGAAGGGCUCAAUAGGAGGGCAAACCAACAACAUUGUCCAUUACGACGAGAAAGGAAACAGCUUACAGUCUGUGGACCAGGAGCUGCAAGAUCUGUUGGAAGAGCUGACCAAAAUGCCUGAUCCUUCUCCCAAUGACCUGGAUCUGGAGAAGAUUUUGUGCAGCAAGGCUGAAGAUCCACUUGGUCUGAGUCAUUCCCAACCAAACCUAAGUACCACUCCAAAGUCUUCCCCACAGACUUCCCACUUGGAGAACCAUGUUGCUAACAAAGAUUUUUCUCCAGGCUGCAAUCCAACCAGUGGAGGAUCCCCUCAGAUGAGACCAUCAUCUGCUGGAGCUAACUUCCAAGUUCCUCCCUCAAACAAACCUGCUGCAUCACCCAUCUCUACAGCAGCUCAGAACAAAAACCAGCCACCACCGAUGCUCCCAGUACCCUUGCCCAACAUGCCUGGCUCCAACUGGCAUGCUCAGCAGCUAAAGCAGCUGGCAGCCAGCAAGCAGGUGUCUGGUACCAAGCAACAAGUACAGACUCCCAGCUGGCCAACUAUGUCUCCUCCUGGUCUCUCUCCACCUUACAGGGCAGGAUCAUCCCCACACCAUCAACCUUUCAGUCCUCAAAAUGUUAUGGUGUCUGGCAUGCCUGCUAAUAACUUACCAGGAAACAACAUUCAGAGUCCUCAAAACACUCUGCUUUCAAGCAUGACUUCCAGCAGCACCCCAUCCAAUGGCCCCUCUCCCCCCUAUGGCUCUGAGAAGCUCUCCAGUCCAGCUCUGAGCCAGCAGCCCUUCAGCCCUCAGAGCUCCAUGCUGCCUGCUCUCACAGCAGCCAGCUUGCCAGCCAACAGCAUUAAAAGCCCACAGAGCAACUUGGUUGCCAGCAUGGCCUCCACAAAUACCGGACCUUCUCCACCGUACAGGCCAGAAAAGCUGUCAAGCCCUGCUCUGCAUCAGCAGCCCUUCAGUCCUCAAGGUACAUUAAUCUCUAACAUCACUCCCACCAGCAAUCCCACAAAUAUGCAGAACUCGCUUUUUAAAUCAAUGACUGCAAACCAGACCAAAAAUAUGAACAUAAUUAUGCAACAGCCAUCCAGUAGCUUACAGCCAGGUCUGGUGAAUGAGAGCCCUGUUAGCCAAGACCAGUUUUCUUUCAACAACACCAAACCACUGUCUCACUUUGCCUCGGAGUCAGCUACUCAGAAAAUGUCCCCUCUGACAGCAGGACAAGGACAGCAGUCCCUCAUUCACUAUCUCCAGCAGCAGCAGCAGCAGCAGCAGCAGCAGCAGCAGCAGCAGCAGCAGCAGCAGCAGCAGUCUCCAGCCACGCAGCAGUCCCAGCAGACCAACAGCAGCCAGUUCCUCCAGCAGCAGUUCCGGCAGCUGAUGCAGCCACAUCGGAUGCAGAGACAGAUGCAGGCUGCCACACUGCCAUCUCAAAGCAGACAGGAUCAAACCCCUGGCAUCGUUGCCAGAUUGCAGGAGCCGGGCUCCAUCCCGAGCGGCGGCUCCGUGCCGGCACCGGCCACGGUCAAUGGGUACACGAUGAGGAACCAUUUACUGAAGCAGCAAAUCAUGAAACGGCAGCUGAUGCAGGAAAAGCAGAGACAAAACAUGCUGGGAGUAACAUCUGAACAGAGGAACUUGUUUGCGGCUCAGCAGAUAAACCAGUUUCAAGCCGUGCAGCAGCCCAUUCCUCCUGACUGCAACCAGGUGAUUCCUGCUCCUCCGCCCAACCACCGCAUGCUGCCGUCAAACCCAGCCAUGCUGCAGAGCACCUUGGGCUCUGGCAUGGCCUCAGCCACCGCCAGCCAGAGCAGCGGGACGAUGGUGAUGAUUCCACACAACCCUGGCAAGCAGCAGGGGAUUUUUCCACCUAAUUCUGACUUUAACAUCCCGCUGCGGCCAAGCCAGAACUCAUUAGGGAUAAACUCGGGGUGCCAGACUGUUCACAGCCACUCCACUGUGAGGCCGGGAAUGCCAAUGGGAGGCUUCAGUUCUGGCUCCUUAGCAAAUCACUCUGCAACUCAGCAACACUUGAGGCAGCCGAGCAUGCCAAGAGUCCCCAACGUCUACCCCAACUCAUCAGCCCAGAUGUGGACGCCGACUACAGUGCCAAGAAUGCCAAAUCAAAGCCAAAUGGACACCAGCAUGCAGCAGUUUUCUGGGAACACGGUGUUCUCCAAACAGGGCGUGAGGCCCAGCACACCGGGUCAGGCGUUCUCCCAGCAGGCUGUGGUGCCACCGAACCAGAUCGCUCCUGGCAUCCAGGUCAGGCAGAUGCAGAAACUGAGCAUGGCACAGUCUGGCCAGGGCUUGAGCUCAAUGAGUAAUCAGAGCUUGAGACACAAUUUAACCAGGGGACCGUUGCCAGCUAUGAAUGUUAUGAAAUCGUUGCCCCAGGGAGUGUCCAGUUUUAACCACCUCAACGCUGCCCCGGGCCUCGGCCCGCCAAGCUACCCUUCCACUGGGCAGCCCGACGCCUUCAGCAGGAUGGGCAGCACUGCUGAGCUGCCCCAGUACGACUUUGUGUCCCAGCACAGCAAUUCCAUCAUGCCUGCCAACUGCAGCGACACUGACUUCCUCGACUCCCUCAUGAAGAACAGCAGCAGCAGCAACGACGAAGAGUGGUUGAACAAUCUGACAAUGAUAGAUGACAUUUUGGGACAGCAUGCUCAAAGCUCUGGACACGUUUAGCUCGGAGAGAAGCAGCCUCGUUGUAAAUAACACACGUAUGGCUUUGAACAGAACAGACAACCCGUGGAAGCCACUGCCUCGUUCAAUACAGAGGGAAUGGACUCGGCCAAUUCUUUGCCUGCAUCAAAGUUUAAUAUUGGCAGUUUUUCAGAUGACUGUACAUAUUUGAAUAUUUUGUAAAUUAUGUUUUCCUAAACCUUAAAUGUAGAAGUAUUUAUACUUCUUUGCUGGGCUCUUUGUAAAUAAAUCUAUAGCAUAACUUUUGGUUUUAUUAUAGGGAUUUCAUUACACCUUGUUAUAAAUAUGCAAAUAAUAUUGUUAGUUUCAGUAAUACUGUGUAUUACAGCAUAAAAUACUUAUGUUUUUGACAUAACUUAACACAUGAUCUAGAGGUGUCAUUGCAACCAGACUAAGCAGAAAUCAAAUGUGGCAUCUAUUCUCCCAUAUCACGAGGAAAGAUUGAAAAGUUGCAUUAAAAAGAUAAAUAAAUAAAAACCCUAAAAGGAGCUGCUGAUUCCCUCGUUGCUUAGUCUUGCAGACCAAACCUGGCACACAGGUCCCAUCCAGGCACGCAGUGCAUUCAGGGAUCUGCUUGCAGAGAUCCAUUUGCCAGAUCCUGGGCGUGUUCUUGACACACUCCAGUGGGUCGCUGUGGCAGCGCUGUCCUGCAGGGAGCGUGGGCUGGUGACCUUCAGUGCCGGUGGCGUGUGCCUGACGUCGCAGGCUCGGCGUGGUGCGGCCCAUGGUGGCCACACUGGACAGGAGGUGCUGGGCAGGCGCUGCCCAGCUUCCAGCCACCAAACCCUUCAGAAAAAGGUAGCUCUGGUUUGUGCACCUCUGCCAUGUAUGUUUGUAGUGUACAGGUGAUUUGUUCCUGGUUUUAAGGCUUUUCAUAAUUUCUGUUUUAAUGUAAGACUUUUUUCAGGGGAAAAGUCUACAAACAUUAAUAGUUAAUUUUUGAUGUUUUUCUGUCAGCUACUAUUGUCCUCUGUAUAUUUAAGAGUCUGUUUAUAAAGGAUUCGCUGUACUGUAAACUUCUUAAAAUGUUCAUACUUUGUGUAAUCAUAUUUUAAUAGUCACGUCAUACUUCGCAAUACAUUUGUAAUAUAACGUCAGCUUCAAGCACAGAAUGUUUUUUUCUUCAUACCAUAAUAAACUGCCAGGGGAAAAUUGCA